AUGGGUCUCCUGGCAGAAGCUAAGACUCGCCGGAGAAUAAACCAUGAUCCGAACAACACCAAAUGGACCCGCGACGAGACGACUUUCGGCCAGAAGAUCCUACGGUCCCAGGGAUGGCAGCCAGGCGAGUUUCUAGGCGCCAAAGACGCCCCUCACUCGGAGCUGCACACGGCGGCGAGCGCAUCCUACAUUAGAGUCUCUUUGAAAGAUGAUAUGAAGGGCCUGGGAUUCGACAAGGCUAAGGACAACGAGAUCUCAGGGCUCGACGCAUUCACAGAUCUCCUGAGCAGGCUCAACGGCAAGUCCGCAGCCUCGGUGGAGGAGGAUAAACAGGCCAGGAUGGUGGUCAAACUGAACCGCUACGUUGAGCAGAAGUUUGGGCCCAUGCGUUUCGUUCGGGGCGGUCUGCUGGUUGGAGACGAGCUUAAGGAGGAGGAGGAAACGAAGGAGUCUCCAGACGAGGCGGUAUCAACCCCGGUAGAGCAGAAGGAGGAUGCCGAGGUGCCGCAACAGAAAUCCAAGAAGCGCAAGGCAUCGUCGCAAUCGGAAGAGGAUGAAGAAACAUCAGGCAAGGAUUCCGAGUCCAAGUCGAAGAAGCGCCGGAAAGACGGGGAGAAGAAAUCCAAGAAGAAGUCAAGUGAUGAAUCAGAAGCGAACGACAGCAGCGAUGUUGCGAGGAAGGAGAAGAAGAAGUCCAAGAAGGACAAGUCAAGACAGCAGAGCGCUGCAACUUCAGCAGAUGAGUCGGAGAGCACCGAGCGAGCCUCCAAGCGGAAGUCGAAGACUGACUCGUCUGCUGACGACGAGGAAGAUGACCGGAAGGAAUCCAAGCAAGCCAAGAAGGAGCGAAAGGAGGAAAAGAGGGCAAGAAAGGAGCUCAAGAAGCUGGAAAAGAAAGAAAAGAAAGAAGAGAAGAAGCGCAGGAAACUCGAAGGCUCUGGCCGAGAAAAAUCAUCUUCUGCUACGCCUUCAGGCUCUAGAGCCUCUACGCCACGAGGUAACGCACUCAUGGUACGAAGCCGGUUCUUGGCAGCAAAGCGAGAGGCGAUGCUCAACGAUAAUUCAAUUAACAAGAUCUUUAUGGUGAAAGCAUAG